AUGUGUGUAUGUCUGAAUUACGAUACAAAUAGAGAUAUCAUAAUUAAUUCAGAAGCUGAAAGCGAAGAGUAUGCUAUCGCUCGCAGACAAAUGUCGUGCUACUGUUAUGGAAAACAAUUUGAUUUACAAUUCAAUCAACUGUGUCGUUCGAUCAAGAAGAUUUCUGACGAUGAUCCAAUUAUUUUACAGUUAAUGAUGGUUAUAUUGACAUUUACCGAAAGUAUGUUGGUUGAAGAUAUUGUAGUGAACGAACAGCCGGUCCUUAUGAAUAGUAAACAAGUCUAUGAAGCGCAAUCAAUCUAUCUGAGUCUACUAUUUCGCUAUAUGAUCGAAAAAUAUGCUACCUAUUAUCAAGCAGCACGUCAAUAUUCACGAUUGAUACAAAAAACAAUUCAAAUGCCAGUGUUACUACGGACAUAUCAACAACUUUUACGAGAACAAUUAGAUGACGCAAGCGAUGAAGAGAUCAAUCCUGUUCUGAAGUCAAUUUUACGUCUGCAUUAA